AUGGAUCUCGCAGCGCUGGAGAACCAGACGCGUGCAGAGAGGUGGGAGAAGGGUGUCAAGAUCGGUGAAGGUACUUUCGCCAAUGUUUACAAGGGAACAGAAAAGGCCACUGGGAGGAAGAUCGCUAUCAAGAAGAUCAAGGUCGGCGAGAUGAAGGAUGGCCUGGACAUGACCGCGCUGCGCGAGGUCAAGUUUCUCCAGGAGCUACACCAUCCCAACAUCAUUGGACUGCUCGACGUCUUCUCUGUCAAGCAGAAUGUCAACCUCGUGCUCGAGUUCCUCGACACCGACCUCGAGGCCGUCAUUCGCGACAAGAGCCUCAUCUUCCAGCCCGCCGACAUCAAGUCUUGGACAGCCAUGUCUCUCCGUGGACUCGAGUACAUUCACAGAAACGGGGUCUUGCAUCGUGAUUUGAAACCCAAUAACUUGCUCAUUGCUUCCACUGGCGAGCUCAAGAUUGCGGAUUUCGGUCUGGCCCGCGAGUUUGGUGAUGCCAAAACACGCAUGACCUCACAGGUUAUUACACGGUGGUACCGUCCUCCUGAGCUGCUCUGGGGUGCGCGUUACUACUCUCCGGCCGUGGACAUGUGGUCAAUUGGUACCAUUGUCGUCGAGCUGGUGCUCAGAGUGCCCUUCCUUGCAGGCGACAGCGACAUUGACCAGCUGAAAAAGACAUUCCACGCCAUGGGCUCGCCGACAGAGCAGGACUGGCCUGGCCACACAAAGCUUCCCGACUACCACGAGGUUGCCGGAUACCCUCCGAACCCGUGGUGGAACCUCGUCAGUCCGCUGGGCAGGGACGGUCAGAACCUGUGUCGCGAACUGCUCAAGUUUGACCCAAUGGCGCGAGUCUCGGCCAAGGCCGCUCUGCACCACAAGUUCUUUACGACCGGAGAACGUCCCACUGCGCCUAUUCUCUUGCCCAAGCCUCUUGCCGAGCUGAGACCGCGUGACAUUGCCCCCCAGGAUGUGGCGGGCAUGCCGGACUCCGGCACCAAGCGCAAGAACACUACACCAAACGGUACCGAGCAGCGCAGCAUUGCGCGAAAGCUGUUUGCCUGA